AUGAACUUGAUGACUCUAAAUCAAUCUGCUCACACAAAAUGUGUGGAUAACAUUGUAGAAGAUUCCACUGAACUUGUCCAAGGAACAGUCAAAGCAAUUAAACACGGUUUGCAAAAUUGCUUAGAGAAAGCUGGAUUAAAUUAUAAUGAUGUGCCAGGUCUUGAUGAAUUAUUUGAUGAAGGACAUGCUAUCUCAAAUCCAUUCAAACAUAUUUCCACAAAGUAUAAACAGAAUGCUUAUUUUGAGGAGCAUUUUGGCUUAGUUCAACCCAGACGAAUUAAACUUGGACACAGAGUUGUGAAAAGACGUUCAAGGACUGUGUACAAAGAGGUUAUUAAAGAUGACGAAAUCAUGUACAUACCACUGCUUAAAUCCUUGGAAAAAAUGCUCAAUGUAAAAGGAGUACUUGAACAGGUCAGAUUGUUAAUAGCAUGGUUGUGUUUUUUUAUGUUGGCAAGUUUAUCAAACUAUGACAACUACAUCUUUGCAAGUACCCAUAUCAAUAACAAGGUUGCAAAAUAUUAAUACAUGUUCUAUGUAUAACCAUAAAAGGAACUUUAUGUGUGUUUUACUGUGUU